UCACUCCAUACUCAUUUCUCAUAAUAGGGGUGUUUGACACACACCCCCUCCCAUGCACCAGCUGCAAAAUCCAUUUGUUCAAUUCUCUUCUGUUGCAGGAUUUUUAUCAGCAUAUUGUUCACCACUUUGUCACCAUCAUCCUCAUCGGUUGUCAUACUGUCUCAAUUACAUCCGUAUCGGUUCGCUUAUCUUGUUCUUAACUGACUUUUCACAUUGUUUCCUGAUGUCCACAAAGCUGUUUAGCUGCCUGAAAUGGCGGAAAGCAUGUGACACAUCCUUCCUCCUCUUCGCGGCAGUCUUCAUGUUCAUCCAUCUGGUGAUUUUUCCUUCCAAAAUUCUCCAUAACACACAGUACUAUUUCAUGGAGUUCUACCAGCCUUUCUUUGGCUACUACUUCUUCAACGCCCUCCUGAUGGUCCUUCAGCUCCUCUACAUCUCCUGGUCUUACCUGAUCUGCAUCAUGAUUUAUAAAUUCCUGAUCCAUGGCACGAUGGGAAAGGAUGUGCGGAAAGGCUCAGAGGGCAGUGAGGAGGAAGAUGAGAUGGGCAAGAUGACAGAGCAGAAAAACAGCACCGUUGAUGGCCAGACCACCUGCCAGCUUCCGGGCUGAAGCUAUGUUGGCCUGAUCUUUCCUCUUCACACUGGGUAAACCGGGCUGAAGCUACAUUGGCCUGAUCUUUCCUCUUCGCACUGGGUAGACUGGGCU